UUCAAAGUGAAUACGGGACAAAUAAUGGAUAUAAGGCGAGUAUCGAGUAAUGAUAAGCAGCCCUAGUGUCUACACAUAAUCCUUCCUCUUUAUAUAAACAAGCUUCACAGACCCCAAAAUACAUCAAACCCUCUCUUCACCACAUUUCACUCAGAGCCCACCCAUUAUUUUUGAAAAUAUAGAGAGAGAAUCGUUCUCCAAAUCUGUCUCUCUCUACCACGAUGGUUGUUGGUAUGGACCAAUGCUCCAAUGUGAACGGAGAUUCUCGUGCCGGGAAGGAAGAAGGGUUUGAUCCGAGCGCGCAACCACCGUUUAAGAUCGGUGAUAUAAGGGCGGCGAUUCCUAAGCAUUGUUGGGUGAAGAGUCCGUUGAGAUCUAUGAGCUACGUCGCCAGAGACAUCUGCGCCGUCACGGCUCUGGCCAUCGCUGCUUUGUAUAUUGAUAGCUGGUUCCUCUGGCUUCUCUAUUGGGCCGCCCAAGGAACCCUUUUCUGGGCCAUCUUCGUCCUCGGCCACGACUGUGGACACGGGAGUUUCUCAGACAUUCCACUGCUGAAUAGUGUUGUUGGUCAUAUUCUUCAUUCCUUCAUUCUCGUUCCUUACCAUGGUUGGAGAAUAAGCCAUCGGACACAUCACCAGAACCAUGGCCAUGUUGAGAACGACGAGUCUUGGGUUCCGUUACCAGAAAAGUUAUACAAGAAUUUACCACACAGUACUCGGAUGCUCAGAUACACUGUUCCUCUCCCCAUGCUCGCUUACCCGAUCUAUCUGUGGUACAGAAGUCCUGGAAAAGAAGGAUCACAUUUUAACUCAUACAGCAAUUUAUUUGCUCCGAGCGAGAGAAAGCUUAUUGCAACUUCAACUACUUGCUGGUCCAUAAUGCUGGCCACUCUUAUCUAUCUUUCCUUCCUCGUUGGACCAGUCACCGUUCUCAAAGUAUACGGUGUUCCUUACAUCAUCUUUGUGAUGUGGUUGGACGCCGUCACUUACUUGCAUCACCAUGGUCAUGAUGAGAAGUUGCCUUGGUACAGAGGCAAGGAAUGGAGUUACUUACGUGGAGGAUUAACAACUAUUGAUAGAGAUUACGGAAUCUUCAACAACAUUCAUCACGACAUUGGAACUCACGUGAUCCAUCAUCUUUUCCCCCAAAUCCCUCACUAUCACUUGGUCGAUGCUACGAAAGCAGCUAAACAUGUGUUGGGAAGAUAUUACAGAGAACCAAAAACCUCAGGAGCAAUACCGAUCCACUUGGUGGAGAGUUUGGUAGCAAGUAUUAAGAAAGAUCAUUACGUCAGUGAUACUGGUGACAUUGUCUUCUACGAGACUGAUCUAGAUCUCUACGUUUAUGCUUCUGUCAAAUCAAAAAUCAAUUAAACUUUCUUCACCACACUGGUGACAUUGUCUUCAACGAGACUGAUCCAGAUCUCUACACGUUUAUGCUUCUGUCAAAUCGAAAAUUAAUUUACCUUUCUUCCACCACACCAUGGUGACAUUGUCCUCUACGAGACUGAUCCAGAUCUCUACACGUUUAUGCUUCUGUCAAAUCUAAAAUCAAUUUACCUUUCUUCCACC